AUGGAACCUCUCGCUCCGAUAUGGAGAACUUAUCCAUACUCUUCAUAUCCAACUCACCCACAAUUUCAGUUUGACCCCCUAAUUUCAGAUGGAAGUCACACGGGUGUCAAUCAACUGGGCGGUGUGUUUGUCAACGGGCGGCCCCUACCAGACACAAUACGGGCUCAGAUCGUCGAUAUGUCACAACGGGGAACACGGCCAUGCGAUAUUUCGAGACAGUUGAAAGUCUCUCACGGAUGUGUCUCGAAAAUCCUGGGACGUUUCUACUCGACAGGAUCUGUCAGGCCAGGAGUAAUCGGCGGAUCAAAACCAAAAGUCGCCACCCCAAGAGUUGUCGAAUGUAUCGCUGGAUACAAACGUGUCAACCCCACAAUGUUCGCAUGGGAGAUCCGUCAGAAGCUGAUUGAAGACCAAAUCUGUGGGGAGGAUAAUGUGCCGUCGGUUUCCUCUAUCAACCGGAUAGUUCGCAAUAAGGACUUCCAGACAUUCAUGUCUCAAACUUCUAGUCCCCCCUCCACCACCACCUCAUCCACAUCUUCCAACUCCCAGGGGUCUACUCGGUCAUCUCAAAACCAAAAUCGACAGAACCAAAUUCGAUUACCACCAAUUCCACCACCACCUUCACAAACACAACAACAAUUGACUGCUACAGUACUACCGACUCCGCCCACCUUUGCGAUGCCAGGAACCUACUCCAUCAACGGUCUCCUCGGGAGUCUCCCCCAUCCCAGUCUUCUCGAUGACAAGUCCUUUCAUCUCUCUCACGCCGACAUGUCUCUCGUCUAUCCGACGUCUGGAUCCAUCGGUGAGCACGACUGGACAAUGCGUGCUCCAAUAUGUAUUCUCCCUCCCAACUAUUGUGGUGGGCAGCUGUGA